GCCAAGCCUAUCGGAGGCCGCCGUGAAUCGGGAGUGCUGACUGGCCGUGGUUCACAGCCAAUGGCAACGGUUUUUAUUGUUCCACCCGUCGACAUUGAGAGGACGGAAGAUGGGAGGAGUGAGGCUGGAAAUAUUCCGGAUGUGCCUUUAUCUGUCAUUCCCUGUGGCAGUAUUUUGGGUCUCAAAUCAAGCAGAAUACUUUGAGGAAUAUGUGGUCAAAAGAAAGAGAGAAAUCUAUCCUCCAGAAGAGGAGAUGCAUCGAAAAGAACUGGAAGACUUCAAAGAACGGAUGAGGAAAAAGCGAGAACAGAAACUCUUACAUCAUGCAGAAACCCUGAAAGUUCAGGAUCAGUAAAACAUAUUCUAUACUGCAGAAGUUGAUGCACUUUCUAACAGAUCUUCAAUUAAUCCAAGUGCUGGAACUUUGUAAACUUAUUUUUUUUCUGCCUUCCGGGAAGCCUUAACAGCUGUUGAUUACCUUGCCAUAUAUUUUAGUCAUAAGUUAUCUUUUACCCAAUAAAAUUACUUUAGUAUAAUUGUGAUACAGGAGACAACUGUUUUACAAAUUUUCAUUUGUGAUUUGCAGAGGCUAAUGAGUAUUUAUAUUUGCUUUUGAUCAGCCGGGUUUUUCAUUUGUGGAAUUUGCGUUAGUGCAGUAGCCUCAUUGGCAAUGUGGUGUGGCAAUUUUCUGACCUGUGGUAAUACAUAAAGACAUUGUUGUACUUACCUGGGCUUUCAAUUGAUUGUUUCUGUCAACCAAGAUUCGACUCCUGCAGAAGUCUGAAUUUGACUAAAACGGGUAGGUGUUGCAAUACUUAAAAGUUAUAAGUUUUCUAGUAUUCCUCUAGUUUCAAAGUAAAGGCAUAUGUUCCAUAUCAUAUGCUUUCUCUUAGGGGGGAGAGCAAUGGAUCCUGCCAGUGAGAAUCAGAAUGAUAUUUAAUCUUAUUGAUAUAUGUGUAAGGGGUUUCUUCUUUUAUGUUACUGCUAAGGCUAAUGAAAAUGGCUUCUUUAUUAUGUUAACUGCUGAGAAAGUGCUUCUCUUUCGCAGCUUGUUUGGGUUAUAUUAUUGAUAAGAGGUUAAAUGAACCAAUUGGGAUAGAUGUUAUUCUUUCUCGUGUCUGUAAGCUAUUGUUUUUUGCGGGUUUUGGGGCAGAAGGCAGACGGGGGCAGAGAGAGGAGACGCGAUGCUGGAAGCUGGGCGGCGGGACGAACCCUGAGCGGGAGUCCGAGGCCCAGGGUCUUCGGCGAGGAGAGGAGACGAAGACAGACUCGUGGAGCAUCUGGUCGACCACCGUCCUUGGUCGAGGUGGUCAGAGGGGAUCGAAUGGUGGAAAGAAGACUCCGUUAAUUGAGCUCCAACGGUUGUGCACGAAGUGGUUGAACUUUGAUAAGUUUGGCACCUUUUAUUUUCCUUUUAUAUUUUAUCUCUAUUAAUUACAUAGUUCCAGUAAGAUUUAUAAAGUGUAAUCAUUUAAUGCA